AUGCUUGCCAAAAUUCAGGCCAUCUCAGCUGGUCUCCCCAAAAUUCUGGUAAUUUUGCGCGAGGUAAAUGCUGAGGAACUCCAGUGUAUUCCCGAUUUGUUUGUGCUUGAGUAUUUCCUAAAUUUCUUCUAUCUCUAUUGCCCAAUUCUUCUGAUAAUUCUGAUUGAGUACUUCCGACCUCACUAUUAUCAGCUAAUGCGAUUUCAAUAUCAUCAAUCGCUUCCCUCCCAUUGUCCAUCCAUUCAGUCAAAUGUUUCUCUCCCUGUAAGAAACUAUUAAAAACAAACCUUUCUGCUC